AUGAUCGACGACCGCGUGACUCAAUCAAAGAAGCUUCUCGCUCCGCUGUUCCCGGAAGACAAGUAUCGGAUCCUGGACUGCAUCAAGGUCGAGAAAACUAAAAAUCGCAAGAAGAAGUAUUCAUGGCUGGCUCUCACGACAGAUCAGAAUGCAAAAGUCUACUUGCAUUGGAUCAAGGAAAAAGAUCUAUCACGGAAAGCGAAAUGGAAGCUCCAGGACAUCAAAACUGUCGAUCUGAAGAGCGACGGUGACAAAGAGACCGUCGACUUCGAGAUCCAUGUCGAUCGAGUCUUCAAAUGGACGGCGCCGACCGUCGCCGAGAAGGAGGGAUUCGUCAGAUGCUUGUACCGAUAUUCUCGAUGCCUACCGAAAAACGAGCAGAUACAUUUCAAAAACUGUCGCAGUGAUCUUUUCGAAGAUAUCUUAGGGACUUCGGAUCUUGCGGCGAAAAUUAAUGCUCCUGGCAGUGAACGUGAGCUCGAAGUGAACGAAUACCAGGCGCUCACCGAGAAGGAAGAACGUGAUCUAGAGUCUUUGAUGGUCAAGUACAACUUCGCCAUCUCCGACGCGGAAGCUUUCACAGAGAAAUUGAAUCGACAAUUAGCGAGCAUCGAUGCAACGAAUGUUCACGCGAUCAUGGAGAGCGAGAAGAAAGUGGAAGCGCUCAUGACCUUGUUCGACACUGUCAUCGAUGAAGCCUCCCAACUCGAAGUAAAAUUGGAUACCUAUGACAAUCUCCUGCGCGAAGUUCGAGACUCAGUGAUGCGUAUGGAAGAGAAGGAUGCCGUCAUCCACGUCCAGAAUGAGAACAUCCUCAAGCUCCGCACGCUCGUGGAGAACAUCGUCAAUAAGAUGGAUCUCAGUCAUGAGCACCGUAUGAUCAUAGUGAACCCAAUGAAGUUCGAGUCCGAGGACUCCGUCCCACGUUAUCUGGAGGCGGCGACUGCCUUGGAGCAAGCCAUGUCGAUUGAGCUGCAUCCCGAUCUGAAGGAGAUGACCGCCAUCAAAGAUCAAAUGAAGUUCCUCGACAGUCUCAUGCAGUCUUUCACGAGGAAUCUGUCCCACUACUUGAAUGACCAACUUAUCAAGAUCAGCGUCGACUACGGAUCGGGACGACGAACACUGGCAGCGGGGGAGGCCGUGCUGCGCAAGCAUGACUUGGUACACGAUGCGCUCCGUCAUUAUUCUCCUCUGAUGGCUUGGCUCAAAAGGAACAACAACAGCACGUAUGCGGCCAUAAAAGAAAGAUAUCUCGACCGCUUCCGGACCAUCUACCACAAAGAAAUCCUGGUGUUUUUCGAACAAGCCAACUCAAAACUGCGUUUCGAGGAAUCGCGCAGCGCUAGCGGUACCCUGGACACGAAGAAAGGUACAUUGGUGCUGAACGCACAGGAAGGCGCGUCCAGCACUCCGACUAAGUCGCGUACCACUUUUCUCCUGGGUAUGGCCAGUGAACAGUUCUGCACGAAGGAGGAUGCAGUCGCGAGACAGCUGUUCGACCUGAUUCUGGAAUGUAUUCUGACUUCACUUGAACCAGCCUAUCUGAGCGAACAACAGUUCUGCAUUGAAUUCCUUGACCUGACGACAACCGAGAAAGCUCGGCGAGCCGAAAAUGUACAAAUGAGCGUUGAGAGUAGCGAAAUAUCAUCCGGAUCACGGACUCCCUCCAAAUUCACAUCAGUCGACGAUCUCGAUUCUGUGUCUCACACUUCGAGCGAUGAGAUGCUCAGUCGGUUGAAGAAACGAGACAGGGACGUCAGCCUAGAAGUCAGAGAUGUCAUGGCGACUCUGUUCAAAACUCUCGAAGAUGAGCUGAACAAAUUUGUUGCCACCUACGACGGUGUAUAUUCGAUGUACCUCCUCGUGAAACUCUGUCAUCAUACGAUACAGACCGAGGACGCUGGCUCGUAUUUAUGCAAACUGUACGGAAUGGCUCUGGUCAAUGCCAAGAGGAAUUUCGAUCAGUUCAUGGGCGCUCACAUGGCGAGCAUAAACGAGGCUAAACCACCUCGACGCAAUAAGUGUGGGAUUUUGAGCUUCGUGAGCAAUUUCGGGGAGUUUGCGACCCAGUGCGAAGCCGUAUUCAAAGGGAGCGACCGGCGGAGCGAUCUCCAGAAGUGGUACUCUAAGAUUGUGCACGCGAUAUUCGACGGAAUCGUUCGCCUCUCUGUGGAGCACGGUCGUACACCACCAGAGGUGGUAUGCAUGGAGAAUUAUCAUCAUAUGUUCACCGGGCUCUAUGAGCUUCGAAUACUCGAGGACGAGCGCAAGGAAGCGAAGGAACGAUAUCAAUAUGCUCUGAAGUCCUAUGUCACCAACUACUUCGGCCGCCCUCUGGAGAAAUUGAAUAUUUUCUUCGAGGGAGUGCAGGCGAGAAUAGACACCGGAACGAAGAAAUCCGACGUUUGCUUCAUUCAUCAGUACUCGAAAUCGGAGUUGCGGAAAGUGAUCAAGGAAUUCCCAGGUCGUGAAGUGAAGAGAGGCCUUGAAGCUCUGUACAAAAAAGUGGAGAAGCAUCUCUCACCGGAAGAAAACCUGUUGCAAGUUGUGUGGCGGCACAUGCAAGAUGAGUUCAUCCGACAGUACAACUCCAUCCAAGCUCUGCUGGAAACCUGCUACUCAGGAUCGAUGAUAUCCCUCGAGUUCUCCAUCGACGACCUCCUGGAGUAUUUCUCCGACAUUGCUAAGCAACAUUGAGGGGCGAGCCACAGGGAGAGAAUUGACCUGCUUUCAUAUCGAGCUCCAGUUGUCCAGGGCAGGAGAACCUCUGCCGAGAAGUAUGACGCGAGGACGGAGGCUGAAAAUCGAACUCUGAACUCCCCAAUUCACCCGGAGAUUCCGAGACCCGAUUUCUUCGAAAUAGAGGAAUUCGGACCCGCACUUCUCGAUCUCAGGAUUGCAGUUCCUUGCCUGAUGGACCGGCUCACAUCUGAGGCCUCAUUCUAACCAUCGGAGGUUGAUGCGGGACCUAGCCUGGAGCACAGAUCGUUCCGGAGUAUCAUCGGUGCCUCGAUUGAGAUAAUACU